AUGAUGGAAACAAAGACAGAAGGCGACAGCGACAACAAGGUCGGAGGCCAUGUUGCAUCAUCAUCUCAUCCGGAAUCUAUCGAAGCUACGGAAACUGCGGAACUCUCGACCAAGCGCGGCCUCUCUGCCCGACAUGCACAAUUCAUCGCUCUUGGUGGAACCAUCGGCACCGGCCUCUUCGUCGGUUCCGGCAGCACACUCGCCCGCGGCGGACCGGCCUUCCUCGUUGGCAGUUAUGUCGUUAUGUCGGCCCUGAUCUACAUGGUCUUGACUGCAGUCAUUGAGAUCUCGACGUACCUUCCGCUGCCUGGCGGCACCAUGAACUACUACGGCAGCCGCUAUGUCUCGCGAAGUCUCGGAUUUAUGAUGGGAUGGCUCUACUUCUACUCUUUUGCCAUCUUCGUCCCCUUCGAGCUUACGGCAUCAGCCUUGGUCAUUGAGUACUGGAAUCCUAAUGUCAACAACGCCGUCUGGAUCACGAUCAUGUUGGUAAUGGUUGUCGGCCUCAACCUUCUACCUGUGAAGUUCUACGGUGAAACAGAGUUUUGGUUCGCUGGACUGAAAGUCCUGACCAUUGUUGGUCUGUUGAUCCUCUCAAUCGUCCUAUUCUUCGGCGGCGGUCCAUCCCACGAGCGACUUUAUUUCCGGUACUGGAAGGAUCCCGGCGCUACUAAAGAGCUGAUCGUUCAAGGAGACGCCGGCAGAUUUGUGGCCGCCCUGUCAACUCUCCUCAGCAGCGUGCUUCCAUUUACGUUUUCACCCGAAAUGGUUGUGGUCACUGCCGGAGAAGUUCAGUCUCCUCGCAGAAACCUGCCAAAAAUCGCCCGCAACUUCUUCUGGCGAUUGAUUGUCUUUUACAUUGGCGGUACCAUUGCCAUCUCGGUCAUCUGCCCGUCCAACGCACCGGCUCUUACUAGCGGAAGCUCUGGAGCCGCGGCUUCUCCCUGGGUUGUGGGAAUCAAGAACGCGGGAAUCAAGGGGCUCGAUAGCGUAAUCAACGCCGUUGUGGUUACGGCCGCCUGGUCCGCCGGCAACUCGUUCCUCUAUCUGGCAAGCCGAUCUCUGUACUCGAUGGCCUGUGAAGGCAGCGCCCCGCGAAUCUUCAAGCGGUGCACCAAGCAAGGAGUUCCCAUCUACGCCGUCAUAGCCAGCUCGCUAUUCUCGCUUUUGGCUUACAUGAACGUCAACUCCAACGCAGCAGACGUUUUCAACUGGCUGCUGAACCUCGUCAACACUGGAGGCUUCAUCUCCUGGGUCUGCUGCGGAAUCAUCUACAUCCGCUUCCGAAAGGCCUGCGACGUUCAGAAUUUGCCGAAAUCAGCUCUUGUCGCACGAUCCUUUUUGCAGCCUGUUGGGUCAUACAUCUCGCUGGUGAUGUUCGGACUUCUGUGUCUUCUUAACGGUUUUACUGUCUUCUUCCCAUCUCGCUGGUCCGUGGCAGACUUUCUCUCCGCGUACAUCGGACUACCUUUGUUUAUCGUUAUCUACUUUGUCCAUCGAUUUCUACAUCGCGCUGAUUCCUGGGCCAUCUCCUCUCAUGAGGUGGACCUCAAGACCGGACUCGCAGAGUUGGAGGCAGAGGAGUCAUUGGAGGAGCCUAAAGAAGGGUUGCGAGCGCGGUUCAAGCGCCACGUAGCCUCGCUACUCAACUGGACCGCCAUGAUGCAACAAGCCAAAGUCCUCAUAGUGGGCUGCGGUUCUGUAGGAACCAUGUGUGCGUUUGCUCUUCAGAAGUCCGGAGACGCCGAGGUCACUGCUAUUCUCCGGUCCAAUUAUGAUCUAGUCCAGACCCAAGGCUAUCACAUUCAGAGCAUUGACCAUGGGGAAAUUGCUGGCUGGAAACCCCAUCACAUGGAAAGAUAUCUAGAAGACGCAUUACAGCAUGGCCCUUUCGACUUUGUCUUGGUUGCCAUGAAAAACUUGCCUGAUGUGUACUCGAUCCCAGAUAUCAUUGGUCCCGCGAUUACACCCCAGACGUCAAUCGUGCUCGUUCAGAACGGCAUUGAUAUCGAGCCACCAUUACUCGAAGCCUUUCCGAACAACAUCUUACUCUCAGGCGUCCCGCUGAUAGGGUGCGAACUCAACGGACGCGAGAUGUUGCAUAAUGACCCAGAUAUUCUUCAGCUUGCGUACUGGCCAAAUCCAAAGUUUACACCUGAGAACCAGAGCACCACGUGCGCCGCAUUUGCUCGGAUUUACAACAAUGGUGGUGCCAAAUGCAACAUCCAGGCGGAUAUCUCUUGGUUCCGAUGGCGAAAGCUCAUCUGGAACGCUUCUUUCAACACUGUCUGUGCCAUAACGAAUUUGGACUCGGGCGCCAUUCAGGAUGCUGGUGGUCUGGACACCCUGAUCCGCCCAGCCAUGAGAGAUGUUGUGGCAGUUGCCCGAGCAGCGGGGCAUAUCUUCUCCGAUGAGAUCUUGGAUGACAUGGUUGCAUUCACGCCCAAAGAAGCCCGUUUGAAGCCAAGUAUGCAGGUUGACGCGGUGAGGCAGAAGCCAAUGGAGAUCGAGGUGAUCUUGGGAAAUCCUAUCAAAACCGCGAAGAAACUUGGCGUGCUGAUUCCAACUUUGGAAUUUCUCUACGGCCUUUUGCAAACCAAGCAGUGGAGUUUCUUGAAUUUGGAGAAGUGA